AUGGCGUGGGAGUGGCAAUUAAGUUGGAGAACAGGUAAGAACCAAAUUCCUGGCAAUGUUUUCAGCCCUGUCGGUGUUGAUCAUAUCGUGCCCGGGUUGGGUCUACUCAACCAUCUCGCGAAAAAUGGGCGAGAGGAGCACUGGAUAAGCGGUACUGAAGAUAUCGUGGUCCUGGGCCAAUGGCAUAUUUGA